CUGCUUGCAUUCGUUCAAAGCCGACUCGGUGAAAUUCAACCGCCUGAGAAGCCAUUUAAUUGGAAUGUUUGUGUAGUUGUAGGAAAUAGUCAUGUAAAAAAGAGUCUUGAGGUGAUAACCGAACUUGAGCUGAAUGGUGAACAACUUGAAUUUGACUAUGACAUGUUUGGAAAGCUACGACAACAGCUCGCAUCUGCCAUAAUUGCGAUGGAGAAACAUACUCCUGCAUUGUGA